GCACAACCAUCAAAUACGAUAUCAUCGGCUGGUAUUCCAAGUCCACUAUUACAUCGCCUCUGAUAUACUAGACGGUGUAAACAUGGCAUAAAGAUACCGUCUAUUAUACACCAUCACCGCUUCACUCCGGAUUCUUUUACAAUCAUCAAAUCUCCGAUAUCAUCAAGUGUUACGCUUGCUCCGAUUCCUUUCUCGCCACCCUAUUUCAUCAGCGAAUAUUUGAGAACAUGUCAGACUGGGCAACUCUUAGAGUUGUCGACCUCAAGGCUGAGCUUAAGAAGCGCGAUCUGCCCCAGCAUGGCCUCAAAUCAGAACUGGUUGCUCGUCUGAACGAAUCGGACGCUGCGACGGCCGCAAACGAAGCCAAACCAGAGGAAGCCCCGGAAGAAAACAAUGAAGCAGCCGAAGUAGCCACUGAAACACAACCUGAAGUCGAGCCAGAGCCCAUACCCAUCGACGAAGCCAUUCCUACAAUAGCCAACUCUGAGCCGGGGCAGCCUCCAGUUCAAGUGGUUGAAGCCGACGGCACUAAUGCUUUACCAGAUGCCCCCCAAGCAACCCACCCAGACGAACCUCAAGAUGCGAAUGGAAAGACAGAGGAUGCACAAGCCAGGUUACCUACACCGACCCCAGCCGCUGAACCAGCGCUUACAGCACAAGAAGCUGCUGAGGCCCAGGGUCGCAAGCGACGCUCAAAGAGCCCGCCCAUCUCAGAAGAGCUGAUUGCUCUAAAGAAGACGCGCGCAGAGCUCCCAUCCAACGAUGUGAGCGCCACGGCUGGACCAAGCCAGAACCAGUCUACACAAUCGCCAACAGUCGAGCCUUCAGACGAAAUGGAUGUGGACCGCUCCGUAGUGCCGUCUCGACACCACGCAACAGAAUCCCUCUAUAUCAGCAAUCUCAUGCGACCACUACGGCCUGACGAUAUGAAGCAUCAUUUAGCAACUUUGGCGGCAGUGAAUGGCCAAGAGCCAGAUGAAAGCAUUAUCAAAGACUUUUUCAUGGACCAGAUCCGUACCCAUGCACUGGUCACGUUUGAUACAGCUGCUGCCGCUUCUCGCGUACGUUCCCUUCUUCACGACUGUGUGUGGCCAGAAGAAAGCAACCGAAAAGCGUUAUGGGUCGAUUUUGUCCCUACGAGUAAAGUGCCUGAGUGGAUAGAUACACAGGAGAAACGUGCCGGUGGCGGUCGCUCAACAACACGAUGGCAAAUCUUUUAUGAGGACAGACCCGAUGGCACAGUCGAGGCCGUCCUUGCGACUGGGGAAGCUCGAAAUGCUAGGUCAGGACCACCUCGAGGCCCCGCGGCCGAGGAACGCUCCCGAGGAGGUCGCGAAAUGGGCUUCCACAGACAAGCGCAGUCCGAUUUUCGCUCUGACCAAGACUUUGAUAGAAAUCGAUCGCCAUCACCUAUCGGCGACGGCAAGAGGACACGGGCUUCCCCUCGAAUCACUUUUGAGCCAGUUUCCGAGGAGCUUGCAGGCCGCCGCCUUGCGAAUAUGCGCUCCUUCUACACCAAGGACGUAGAUCGAUACUACGGACGCGAGAUCAACCGCUACUCGUUCGAGGAUGGAGACUCCUUUGUCGAUCGAGGCAAGGAAAUCUUUGAAGGCAUUCGGCCGCCUCAUCGCCAGAGGGGAGGCUAUGGUCGCGGCCGAGGUGGUGGUGGUGGUGACCGUGGAAGACGUGGCUUUAGACGCGGCGGUCCCCCGCCGUUCCGCUCUGGUAAUGAUAGAUACACGUCUUCAUUCGGAGGACGUGAUGACAGAGGCUACGGCCCGAGGCAUGGUGGUUUUGGGGGCCGAGACCAACGACGCGACAAUCGUGACAUGCGAUACUAACAGACGUAUGAGUUGUCUAAGAAGAGCCAACCACAUGCGAUUAUGAUACUAUGCUAAACAAGAGAUUUGCUUUUGUUCUUGUUUAUGGGAGUUACAGGUUUACAAAUGGGCCAGAGACAGCAGUAUAUCCACUGAGUAGUUAAUGCGAACAAACUCUUUUUUUCUUGCUAUGUAAAACUAUUUACUUGUCAAGUAGAUCCAGUGAGUGUAGUCUUUUCCAAGACGCUCAGAGGAAUACGUGUUACAUUCUGUUUUUUUAAACCACGUCAAAACGACUUGAAACCAAAACGGCAAAGAGGCUAUCGGGUUGAUAGACCAAGAACGACACAGGCUUGUGCAUGUUUCAGCAUGAGCCUAUGCCUCUCAAGUACCAAAACGAAGCCGUGGACCAAAUUCAAAAACUUUCUGUCCAAUUUGGAAGCGCACACGAUCAUGCAGGGUCCGUUUAAACAGGAGUGCUGCGGUUCUCGGGCUCAACGCCAACACGCUCUCUGCUGAGAAUGUCGAGCAUCAGCUGAGUUGGGCGGUUGUCCUUGUAGACACGCUGGCUGGCCUUGGCGGCACGGACAUUGUCGAGGUACUUUUCAAAGAGGAAAGCACUGUCCAUGGGACCACCCUUGGCCUCGGGAUGGAACUGGGUCGAGAAGAUGGGUCUAGUCUUGUGGAGCAUACCCUCGUUGCUGCCGUCGUUGAGGUUGACAAAGUACUCCUUGAAGUCGCUGGGCAAGGUGCUGGCGUCGAUGGCGUAGCCGUGGUUCUGGCUGGUGAUGUGGCACUGGCCGGUGGUCAAGUCAAGGGCAGGGAUGUUGUGGGCACGGUUGCCGUACUUGAGCUUGAUGGUGCGGGCGCCGACGGCGAGAGCAAGAAGCUGCGGAGAAUGUUCUCCUUGACACCGCAGUCGAGCAGAGCAACGUGGAAUUCGGCGCCAGGAGACUCAACCACAAAGGGAGCCUUGGUGCUGACGCGCUUAACCAGGUUGAUCUGGCCGGGAUCGAUGAAGCUCUCGUCCUCGUCGGCGUCGUACUCGUCACCAAUCGUGAUUCUGGCAAGGGAAGAACCUUGCUCACGGAGGUAGGUGACGAUUUCGCGGGUGUCGACGCCAGAGAUGGCGGGGAUACCUUCGCGGGCACACCAUUCGCCCAAGCUCUCGACAGCCGUCCAGUGGCUGUAUUGGAGGGCGACAUCGGAGACAACCACGCCAGCAACCUGAAUAUGGGGAGAUUCAAAGUACUUGAGGAGGUUGUAGUUGUCGCGCUCGCUGGAGGGAACACCGUAGUUUCCGAUGAGAGGCUGGGUGAAGACGAGGAUCUGCCCACGGUACGAUGGGUCGGUCAUGGACUCGGGAUAGCCAACCAACGAGGUGGUGAAGACGGCUUCACCAGAAAUGUUGGCGUUGGCACCAAAAGCCUUGCCUUGGAAGACAGGGCCGUCCUGUAAAGCAACUGAAUUAGCGUCCGUCCGCGGUGCGAUGAAAGAACAGCAGAUAGAAACUUACGCGAAUGGUAAAAGUAGCGGGCAUGGAGGCGACGGGCGCAGUGGCGGUGUUGGCACGGGCGGGCAUAGCUCUACCGUGACUUCCGGUAGAAAUAGCCUCAGUAGCCAAGAGUCGGACCUGGUUCAAGGUUCGAGGGCGAGCGGCUGCGGCAAAAGCCGCGGGCCUGGUGAUAGGGAUGGCGAAUCGGGCAAACAUUUUCAUACACUAACUUGAUCACGAGAGAAGAGAUCCGUGAG